AAUUAAGCCCGUUUGCGUUGGAAUUCCGUUCCCAAUUCCUGCGCUCAGGUUUGCGCGCGACUUGAGCACCUGCAGGUUUGUGUGUGCGUGCGCGCGCGCGCGUGUGCGUGCUGUUUUCACUGGACCACGUUCAAACUCGGAGAAAGAAAGAGAGAGCGAGCGAGAGAGCGCAUUACGCCAUCCUUCCCUCUUGGAAAAAGUGGCAUUUUAAACAAGUCUCUUACAAGAUAUCAAGCAGAACCGCUGGACUUCACCGAGAGACGCUGCGCUCUUGUACCUACUCCCGGAUCUCCACUCCGAAAGAGAGCUGGAUCACUAUGGUUCUGAAGAGAGGGGCUCAUGGCAAUGAUUUGCGCGGAAUAAUCGAUCAGACGUUUCCAAAGCUUCGUUUUCACCUCUCCAGACCCGUUCAUGGUAGAGCCGUCGGCCAUUUCUCCAUCGCCGAAACUCAUAGGAAGAUCAGAGGAUGAAAGUUCUGACUAGUCUCCCUCUUUUAUUGGGCUUCUGGACUCUGUUGUACCUGGAUUUCAUCCCGCAGGCGCUCUCCAUCGCCGGCGUGGCCGGUCACAGGGGCGCCGGGACGGCCAAAGCCAAUCCGCGGUUACCGGUGGCGCGCAACGGCACGACUCUCGCUAAGCCCUCAGACAACGCCAAGAUCUCUCGCAUCCGCGCCGGCCCGCCUCCGAUCAAGGCCGAGGGUCACCCGGCUCGUGCCGCGGUCCCUGUGAAUUUGGGGCGCAGGGAGGCCGCGCGCUCUUGGGUACCCAAGGAUGCGGCGAGAGUCGCAUCCUCUUCCAGCAUCCAGCACCAAGCGGGACACAAUAAAGGAGUUUCUGCGCAGAAGUCCGCCGCGCCGGCUGCGAUCAGGGCUGCUCAGUCCAACGCCGGCGUGAUGAAAAGCAUCGCUCCGGCACCUGCGCAUCUGCGAGCGGCGAGGCUGGAGGACAGCGAGGAGCCCAAACACCCUUUAGUGACGCCCCACGACUACAUGCUGUCCCUGUACUGGUCACUGACCAGCGGGGAGGUCAAUACUAGUGUCCUGCACGAGGCUGGGAUGGCCAAUACCAUCACCAGCUUUGUAGAUAGAGGACAAGAUGACCGCGGGCCCCUCCUGAGGCGUCAGCGGUACCUCUUCAACAUCAGCUCAAUGGAGAAGGAGGGUCUGUUGGGCGCAGAGCUCCGCAUCCUCCGAAAGAAGCACAUGGACUUCCGCAAGGCCACGUUUACUGAGGGCACGGCGGCUUUGAGACUGUACACCUGUGCCUCAGGUAAGCACGGACCGGUCCUUCUGACGCCGCCACGACGUAUCGACUCCCACAGCGCGCCGUACUGGGAAGUGUUUGACAUCUGGAAACUGUUCAAGAACUUCAGAAACGCUCCUCAGCUCUGCUUUGAGCUGGACGCGGUCGAUCAAGGCCGACCGCUUGACUUGCGAUUACUCGGCCUGGGUCGCGCGGGAAGACAAAAUCAGGAGAAAGCCUUCUUUGUGGUGUUUGGCCGUACGAAAAAGCGAGGGCUCUUUUACAACGAGAUCAAAGCCCGUUCGGGUCACGACAACAAGACCGUCUACGAGUACCUCUUCACCCAGCGGCGGAUGCGUCGGGCUCCGUUGCCACGAGGGAAAAAACCGGCCAAGAACCCCAAACAGAGGUGCAACCGCAAGCAGUUGCACGUCAACUUCAAGGAAAUGGGCUGGGACGACUGGAUCAUCGCGCCUCUGGAGUACGAGGCCUUCCACUGCGACGGCGUCUGCGACUUUCCCAUCCGCUCGCAUCUGGAGCCGACCAAUCACGCCAUCAUCCAGACGCUCAUGAACUCCAUGGAUCCCAGAUCCACGCCACCGACCUGCUGCGUCCCGACCAGACUCAGCCCCAUCAGUAUUCUGUACAUUGACUCGGCCAAUAAUGUGGUGUACAAGCAGUACGAGGACAUGGUGGUGGAGAGCUGCGGGUGCAGGUAGCGAGGUAUUCUGAAGACUUUCAAGGAGCGACCAGAAGAGAGCCUUCAUGACUUUGGCCCAAACUUUUUGCAUUUUGUUAAUCAGCAUUAGCCUAUACACUUGCAUUCAAAAUGAAACAGGGUUGUGCACCAUUCAGAAAGUUUUACAUUCUAAUUUAACUUUUGAAUAUUUGAAUAAAGUCAGCAAACAGAAUUGAAACAUGAAAGGGAAUUUAAAGGAGUAGGACGUUUUAUAUUAAUUUGAGGCACAUUUCCAUUCAUUUUAUAACACGGUCCAAUACAAAAUCCAUGUCCAAAAAUAUCUGUAAAAAAAGAAAGUGAAAAAAAAAACAAUAUGGAAACUUAUAUGUGCCUUAUUUUUUAUGUUUUUUUAGACUAAGAUGAACAGU